AUGCUUAAGAAAUUCAACUCGUUUGAUUGUAAGCCAGCAAAGACUCAUUUGGAGCUCAAUGUCCAUCUAAGCAAUAAUAUGGGUGAGCCUGUUGCUCAAGAAGAGUAUGCAAAGGUUAUAGGAAGUUUGAUGUUUAUCAUAAAUUGUACUAGACCAGAUCUUGCUUGUACGGUGAACAAGUUGAGCCGAUUCACGAGCAAUCCAAGCAAGGAACAUUGGAAAGCUUUGUGCAGAGUUUUGAGAUACUUGAAGUAUACUAUUGACUUUGGAUUGCACUACACAAGAUAUCCCCAAGUACUUGAAGGGUACUGUGACGCAAAUUGGAUCUCUGAUUCAAAAGACUCAUUUUCGACGAGUGGGUAUGUGUUCACUGUAGGGGGUGGUGCUGUUUCGUGGAAGUCAACGAAACAGACGUGUAUUGCUCGUUCCACCAUGGAAUCUGAGAGUUUAUCGCUUUGGAUAAAGCAGGGGAAGAAGCCGAGUGGCUCAGAAAUUUCCUAG